AUGAACGAGCAGGGUCUUUGGCCGAUUUCCCGGUCGCCGGUCGCGGGAAUCGGCUGGCAUGGGUGGAGGCUUGACAAGGCCCGUUUCGCCCGUCUCCAGUCACUCCUUCUGGAGACGGAAGGGAUGCUUGAGUUUCCGGCUGUUGAUUCAGUGAACCUUCAUCCAAGUCUGCUUUUGUUGGUGCCUGCUGAUUGGAAGUGUGGCUGGGGCCAGCGCCGCCGGGUCGCGAUCCAAGUGCUUCUGAGCGGUCUGUUGUAUCAAAUGGCAGUUGCUCUGCGCGAGCGUUUCCCCCAGCAUUUCUCUUCUUUCCGGUAUUGGCCACCUGAGAUGUCUUGCCGCCAUCACCUGAUUCAAGGGUCGCGUUCUUCGCUGGUUCUGGUUGCUCUUGAGCUCGAGAAGAAUCAGGCGGAUGCUGCGGCGGUGGUUCGACAGAAGACAAGUAACAUCCUGAAACUGCGCGGCCACUAUGCGGAAUGUCUCUUUGGCCUGGAACGUUUCGCUGAGGCAGAAUCUUAUAACCGGGAAACCCUGAGAGGUUGGCUGGCGUUGGGAAAGGCUGAUGGCAGCAAAGGAGCGGCGAGAACUCGGGUCGAGCUGGCCAAAUGCUUACGCGAACAACAAACAGACAAUGACACUCACAAGCUCGCUGAAGCGAUCGAGUUGCUGGAAGUGGCUUUGGAUUACUGGUCCACACAGCCAGAGAGUUUGCAGCAGACAAAGUCAGUCGUCGAGCUUCUUGCGGACUCAAGUGCACAGCUCUUACGGCACGAAGACGCACUGAAAUGGGACCGACGGACUCUUGCCUGCUUGCAGCAGCAACUGCGACAGGAGACAAAUCACCACGGGAACGAAGGUAGUAUUCGUGAAAAUAUUAUCGCGGUUCAAAUCGAGAUCUUCAAAGAUCUUUGGGAAUUAAAAAGGUUCGAAGAAGCUGCCUCGGUAUACAAGACCGUGCUCCGCGACGGAGAAACCCCCCCUCAUGGGCUGGACGCCCCGCUGCUCAACCCUCAGAGUGAGGCAGCUACACGAUUAGUAGGAAAGUGGGACGAUGAGGCAGUAGAGAUAACGCCCAUUUCCUUUCCGGGGGCUUGGCCGGAAGACGAGGAUGCAGCGGUGAUUGUGACACCCGACAGAAAUUGCAUGAGGAACGAGGAGACUAUAGGGGAGGAGGAUUAUACGGAUGAAGAUGGAGAGGCGACCCUCUUUGACUGUCAUGACUCACAACGGUCCGAUGCGACUGAAAAAUGGAUGAAAGACUUUAGUGCAUUUUGCAAAGUCCUCAUCAGUUAUAGUCGAGAUGAGAAUGUGAAGAUUAGGGUUGCAGUGCUUGACACCGGGAUUGAUGGUGAACAUGCGUUUGUGAAGGCCCGUUGGCACCGACAGGAGCUCAAAGACCAGGGAUACCAGGACUUUUCGGCGGAACCCGCCGGACUCGAUGCUUGUGAUGUUGAUGGUCACGGUACUCAUGUUGCCGGUCUAAUUCUCAGGUUCGCUCCCAGCGUCGAUCUAUAUGUCGCCCGAAUUGCAACCCGGAGGGAAGAUCUUCGUCACGACCGAGAGAUUCACAAUCGAGUGGCAAAGGCUCUUCGACACGCCAUGGACCAAUGGAAGGUAAAUAUCAUUUCCAUGUCCUUUGGACUCAAACAAGAGACGUCCGAGAUCAAUAGACUGCUUCGCGAUGCGUACAACAAAGGAGUUGUGGUUUUCGCAGCUGCAACGAAUGAUGGUAACCGGCGAUCAGUGGCCUAUCCAGCCAAGGCUCGGUCUGUCUUUGGCAUCCAUGCCGCUGAUGGCCAUUGUAAGCCAGCUGCCUUCACACCCAAUGCUCGAAAUAACGAUCUGAACUUCAGCAUUCUCGGUACUAAUGUUCUCUCCACGUGGCCACGAUACUCAAAUACACAGGACGCAGCGACAAAGCCGUCAGACGUGAUUGAUAAUAAGGCCCUCCAUGGAAGUGCGAAGUAUAUGUCGGGGACAUCGGUGGCAACUCCUAUAUCUGCCGCCUUGGCCGCCAACAUGCUGGCCUACUGUGAGGUCAACGCGGCUGCGUUGAACCUGAAGGAGACGUUAGAUAACUGGGAGUGCAUCCGUCGCUUGUUUAAGGGGAUGAGUGUGGAGACUGGAAACUACGACAUUCUUGUGCCCUGGGAAGGAGCUAGGAGCAGAUUUCAGUCCUAUAAGACACAAUUUCGCAAUAUCAUCUCCACCACACUCAACGAGGAUCCCUAA